UCAGUGUACGGUCCAGGGUAGAGGAAUAGCCGCAUUGAGUAGAUGGUACCUACUUAGUGAUAGAUUUACAUUGUUGAAAACACGGCGCAGUACAUCUUCAGAGCUGUAUGAACUAUUAAUCAGAUAAGCAAGAAACACUAUUCCUUGUAUUUUGUUAGAUCAUCAGUGAUUAUUGAACAAUGCCUUUGAUGACCGGACUUUUUCUUCUAAUGGUGCUGAUUGCAUCUGCAUAUGAACUGGAUCAGAACGAGUCGUAUUCACCCAGAAGAGCACGAUUUUCUGCAAAUACCCCUUCUGACGUGGCACGCUGUCUGAACAGUGCCCUCCAAGUAGGCUGUGGAGCCUUUGCAUGUCUGGAGAACUCCACGUGUGACACAGAUGGCAUGCACGACAUCUGCAAGUCCUUUCUGUACAGUGCAGCUAAAUUUGACACUCAGGGCAAAGCCUUUGUGAAAGAGAGCCUCAAGUGCAUUGCCAACGGCAUCACCUCCAAGGUAUUCCUCACCAUCCGCCGCUGCUCCACCUUCCAAAGAAUGACCUCAGAAGUUCAGGAGGAGUGCUACAGCAAGCUGGAUAUCUGCACUAUCGCCCGCACCAAUCCAGAUGCUAUUGGAGAGGUGGCUCAGCUCCCAAGCCACUUCCCCAACAGGUUUUACGGUAAGCUCCUCCAGAGCCUGAUGAACUGUGAUGAGGUGACUGUGGACCUACUGAGGGCCAGUAUGGUGUCCAGACUUGGCCCAGAGAUGACCAUUCUCUUCCAGCUUCUGCAGAACAAACCCUGCGCCUCGGUUGCUGCUGCUGCCGUUCCAACUGGAGUGGAGGGCCGAGGGAGCUCACGGUUGUCAAUGGGUCCACACAUGUAUAAGAUCCAGCCUGGUCUACGCAACAGAGACUCUGCCAGCCAUUUUAGCAAGAAGCGUGCCACUGGUGACAGCUCCUAACUCCCAUUCAGAUCCAGAAACUACACACACCCCUCAAACAUAAACAAGCCAACAGUGGUCUCUUCCCUUGGGUAUUUAAGAAUCAUUCCUCUCCAGACUGGAAAAUAACAUGCACCUCUAAGAGAAUACCCAAUGUGUUUCAAGUGUAUUUUAUAUCAGAGUUUGAGUUGUAGUGUGAGAUAUACUGUACCUAAGUUUGAGAGGAUCUCCUCCCCUAAACUAUUUCCCAACUCUAUCACUCACCAAGUUCAUUGAACAUGUUUUAUUGUAUUCUAUUGUAUCUCCACAACUUGGCCCUGUCCAUUCCUGUUCUCUCCCCACACUUGAUAUGAAUUAUCUGAGAGCCUAGUGGGAUGAUGUCCCAUUAAAUUUUCUGUCUAGGAUUUCAAGCACAAACUUGCAGGUAUGGUUCAUAUCUAUAGAGCACAAAUGUAAAAAAAAAAAUUGGUUGCAGAAUACAAAUGUUUAUCCAUUAAUAUAAUAUCAAUUGAUAUGUCAUCAAUAUCUUCAUCAAUAGAUAAUUAAAUGUGAUUACUAUUAGUUAAUUACUAGAUGUUUCAUACAGUAAAUGUGAGAUAUUUCUAUAUUAUGAGACCAUUAAAAUAGGUAAGCAUGUGCUAUAGAAAUCAGUGUCACAUAGUCACUGACAAAAACAGGAUUAUUUUAUUUAUUGAGUUAUUAGUCUCUGAUGGCAACAGCCAGAUCUGUGAGAGAGGCAUGUCCCUCAGAUGAGAGCUAUCCUAAUAAACUUUGCACAGGAAGUUACCUUAGACCGACCAAAUAACUUGAAACCACCCGGAAUGCCAUGUAGCUCACUCCUAUACCAGAGAAUAUAGCAUUGUUUAGAUACCAUUACAUCUCUUCUGUCCUGAAACACUCAGUUCACAGUAAGUGUGUACCAGCAGUGUAACUUAUGAGCAGGUGACCGCCUGAGAUUGAUAGAGGCCACCCCAUUAGAUGAACAACAUUCUCCCUGAUGAAUAUGACAUGGAGGGUUUGGAUCAUACACACUGACUUCCAGUGUUGAUAAUGACUAUUUAAAAGCCUUGUUGGUAUAAUAUUGAUAUUUAUUUUCCUACUAUAUUAUUUAACUUGUUAUUUUAUGAUGUUGCUGUAGUUUUAGUUAGGUUACAGAUAUCCAAUUUUAAUGUGCAGUUUGGUCAUAGCUUCUAUUUCAAUGGGGGCUCAUGAUCAAAUACUAUAGGAUCUGCCACUCUCUACAUUGUCCUCUCUGUUGACUGAAUAGGACUCAUGUUAUGACUCUGUGCUGGACAUAGGGGAACAAGUUGGUCAUUCAAGUCAGGCGAUCUUCUUUAUGAGUGUUACAUGGGACUGUCACUUAAACAACCCAUAUUGCAAACAUUGUCACUUAUGUACUGGUGCAAGGGGACUGUUGGGGAUUUGUGUGUAUUUUCCAAGCACAAUUGAUUAUGUUAUGAAGGUAGAGAGAAAUUGUGGUCAAGCCAUUCAUUGUACAUUUAACAGCUAAACUUGAAGACUGAACUGAAAAGCAUUUGCUGGAUUUAUUCUUAAUAUCAUGCAAAGUAAUGUUUCUCUCAGAAAGGUUACCCUGGUGACAUUACUCCAUAAGUGCUUCUAUAAAGGGAAGUUAAUUCAAGAGACUUUUCACACAUGCCUGGAUGAAGGCGAUGUGCACAAGGGGAAAAUAAGGUUAGAGAAAUCUGGUGGUUUUACAAUACCAAAUCAUUUGAAAUGUUAAGAACUCACAAACCUAUGCAAUAAUCUCUCAUYUGGAGGAUUCACAYUYACACACAAKCWUGCCCUUUGUC